AUGCUAUCCAAGCUUCGCUCUAGCUCAGCGUGGGGCUUGGGCCUGCUGGCCUUGCAUCUCUGCCUCGUCCGAGCGCAGCAGCCACCAGAUCAAUCCUCGUCCACGGUCCAAGGCCCCGCCAAUGGCUCGUCUACCUCACCAGCGGCUACCUCGUCUCCCGCUCCCGCGUCAACGACCAUCGUCUCGACCAUCACGACGACUCUGUCGCGCGGACAAUCGCUCCCGACUAGCUUGACUGCCUUGGCCUCUUCUAGCGGCAGCGUCUUCUACAUCCCUGUCAUCACAGCUGUGCCAGUGACAUCAAAUGCAACCUUGACGCCGGCGUCGACUUCCGCUCCUGAAGCCACAGGUACGCCCAAUGCGGCCGCAUCCCAAACAUCUUCUAACAACACCCUUCCUCUCCACACCAUCAUCGACCCUGCCUUUGGGGUCCUCGGUGCCAUUCUCAUCAUUGCGGGUGUGCCCAUGGCAUUCUACGGUCAUCGCAAUCGAUGGUCCAGCUACUUUCUCGCAGGCUUCUUCGCCUUGGCUCUCAUCUGCAUCUCCAUCAUCCUCAAGGUCGGUGUCGAGCCCGCCAUCAACCCGCCCUCCAAGGCAAUCCGGGGCCUCUUCCUGGUCGCGGCUCUGGUUGCGGGCGUUGUAGGCGGCAUCAUCUCGAUCGUCUUCUGGCGCGGUGCCGGCCUGCUCGCAUGCGGUCUGGGUGGUUUCUUCUUCGGCCUCUUUCUACAAGCCGUGCGCCCAGGAGGUCUCAUUCGUCCCGUCGGCCUUCGUUUCAUCCUAUACGCCGGCUUCUAUGCCGUCUUCUUCACCAUCAGCUGCGUCGAGCGUGUCCACACGCUCACGCUCGCCCUCUCGACGGCCAUCAUUGGCGCCACCGCAGUCACGCUCGGCAUCGACUGCUUCUCCACCCAAGGCCUCAAAGAAUUCUACGUCCGCAACCUCGGCUUCGAUUCGCUCUUCAGCAACAAGUAUCCGCCCACGUUUCAGAAUGGCAACUUCCCGCUCGUCGAGGGCAUGCAGAUCGAACUGGGUGUCUUUGGCGCUCUGGUCCUGAUGGGAUUCGCAUUCCAGAUGCGCCUGUGGUCCGACCUUCGGGCUCAGCUGGCUGUGCUGAAGCGCUCUGACGGAAAACGAAACAUGCGAUCCAAGGCGGAACGAGCCGCACGUGCAGUCGCUCGCACCGCCAAGCGCGACCUGCAAGAAUGGGAAGCUCGACAUGGCUAUACCAAGACCGCCAGCCGCAAUUUGGCUUCGCAAGACGAGGAGAGUGGAGCCCCGCCAGCCUCGUCUUCCGAGCACAAGGGAAGCAGAAGCCGCACGAGCUCGUUCAUGACUCUCUUCAGAGCUAACAAUGAUGCCACGCAGCUACCGACGCCCUUGUCACCCACGGAAAAGUUGGCCGAUUCUCCUGCGGCAUCUAGCGUACUUGACAACACUGCAUAUCCAUUCCCGGCGCAGCCCGUCGCCAGACGCAGCUCGCAAUUCCUCGAAUACAUUCAGAAAGGGCCCGAGCGGGUCGAGCUUGAAGGGCCGCUGCGUCUCGAUAUGCCGUCCAUAACCACUCCCCUCGGCGACUUUUGUGCGAGUCCUGUGGCUGCGCACGAACCUGCUCCAAUCAGCCCCAUGAGCAGCGCAGGGGCCGCUGAUUUCGGCGCAGCACCAAAUGCGACCAGCUUGCUUGCUUUCAAUCAACCUGUGUCGCUCGAUUUGACCCGGGCCACGUCUCCCGGAGCCUCAAAAGGCGCUGACUCCUUCCGACAACGUUCUGCCUCAACUGCAGCCUUGAUGAACAAUGCCACCACCUUCUUGGACUUAGCACCACCGAGUGUCCAGUCUGAGCAGCCUGCUAGCCACCCGAGCCCGGCCAAUUUGCAAGCUGCUGUCCCCACGAGCCAGUCAGACAAGGGAAACGAGGGUGCAGAGGUCAUGUCCAAUUCAGCUCCAGGUCUUGGGGCCGGCACGCGGAGCCAGACGCCCAUCUUGGCUCACCACGAGCGCAGCUUCUCAAGUCCGACGGCACCUUUCAUGUCGACGAAUGCUGGCGCGACUACCACGGCCCAAAGCACAUCUUACCAGACUCAGGUUCCGCAGAAUUGGCCCCACAUGCAUACUCGACCACGUCCCGACUCGUACGCAGAGUACCGCCAGACUCCAACUGCUCAACAGCAGAGUCCAUUGCCCUCGCCGGGUCUUGAUCCAGUCAAGACUGUCAGUGGCGGCCAGAGCAGUGCUGUGAUGCAGGCCAGACAAUCACUGGCAACACGUCGCAGUGAUCAACCUGCCGUGCCUUGGACGAAUCCAGGCGCCGAACAAGCCGCACCCACGCAUCGCCGAGCCUCAAGCGGUGAUCCGUCGACACGCAUGCGCGCAAUGUCAAUUGAAGAGCUCGAAGCGAGACAUCGAGCCAAGCUGUCUGCUUUGCAGGCACCUGCAACUCAGACUGUCCAGGAUGCUGUUGCACUGAGCAAGGCCAAGGAGGAGUGGGACAGGAAGCAGAGGCUGGAGAGGAGACGCAUGCUCGAAAGAGAAGCACAGAAGGCUGCUGAUGCUGCCGCGGCCGCCGCUGACACCAAGACAACUGGAUCAGCGUCGACUGGCCGGGGAGCUUCAGCACCUCAGGGUGGCCUGGUCUCCAACAGCAGCAAUACCGGUGCGCGAGACGACCGUCGACGAUCGCGCAACCUGAGCGCUUCCUUGUUAGAGGUCGUAGGGGAAGAGGCGCGAGAGGGCGGUGGCGGCGCCAGUAGAGCUGCCGAAUGGCGCAAGUCCAUCUCUGGUCUGCAACAAAUGGAUCCGAGGGCGGCCAGACCAUCAAACCCUGCCUCGGCCAGCAGCACUCGACCCACCUCGCCGCAGCCAACAUCGAGCUUCCUCGGCGCUUCGCCCAACCCGUUCCCUGUGCAACCGCCAGACGCCCGUAAGCGUCUGAGCGAAACAGACCGACGACGUCUGAGCCAAGGCGCUGGAAAGCGCUCGAGCAGACGUGACAGUCAGCCGUUGCUCGACUUCAACCUGCCCAACGCCAAUGUGUGA